AUGCAAGAAAGGUUGGUUCCCAGGAUGAAGACUACAUCUUUGGAACAACCGACCUUACUAAUGAAAGGGAGAUAAACCUUCUUAGGGAAAACUUCAAACAGGAUUCGAUUAUCGUAAGCAUGUCUUUCAAACGACUGGGCACUUUGAUAUCAAGGCACUCUUACAAGAUCAGCGAAAACAGUUAAUGCUCCAAUCCAGGAUUCUAUCAAUCUCUGUUAAGCCACACCCAAAGAUCUUGAUAAAGAACGUUACACUGAAGCUAUCCACCUCACAAGUCCAGCCAUCAAAUGAUUAUAAGAAGCUAUGCGUCUUCUGGGAUUUCUCAACAAGGGAAAGAAAGCAAAACGGAUGGUCGAAUGGUGGAUGUACGUUAGUGAAGUCUACAGGCCGAUAUGUAGAGUGUUCAUGUAAUCACCUGACACACUUUGCCGUACUCAUGCAAGUCAAGGAUGAACAGGUUCCACAGGACCACGAUGCAGUUCUUACAGUCCUCACAAACAUUGGUCUUAGUUUGUCCAUUGUUGGAUGUAUCCUUACAUUUUUCGCUUAUUGGCGUUUUACAGACUCUAAAUCCGAGCAGUCACAGAUCCGCAUGAACCUGGUGUUGGUUUUGGCUGUCGCUCAUGUUCUUUUCCUACUUGGUUCUGCUGCAAAAGUUCAUUUGAUCCUGUGUAUAUCAGUAGCUGCAUUGAUGCAGUUGUUCUACACGUCUGCCUUGUGCUGGAUGUUUGCUGAAGGAAUACAACUAUACAUGCAGGUUAUCAAAGUGUUUAACACCAACCUGAAAAUGAGACAGGUUUAUGGCUUUGCUUGGGGUUUGCCAUUAAUUCUGAUAGUUGUUUCGUUGAGCAUCGCGGGAAAUGGUUCAGGUGGAUUACCAAGCUUUGUCAAUGACAAAUUCUGCUGGUUGUCAGUAGAAAAUAAACUCGUCUGGACGUUUAUUGCGCCGGUGCUUCUCCUGAUACUGAUCAAGGGGAAACUACGGCGUCAAUUUAAAGUGUUCGACGAAAAUCAACUCAAGCUUCCCUCAUCUGCUGGUGCUCCAUACCACUCAAACCAAACCAACCCAAAGCAGAAGAACAUGACAAGUCAACAUGGACACACGCUGCAAAAACCACAAGAGGAUAUGAUGACACUAUCAGACUUUGAUCACUCGGAGUUUCAAGAUCCCAAGGGAAAAAGAUCCAUGCAGAAAUAA